GUUAAAGGCUGUUUUAAAUUUGUUAAGCUUUAAAUGUUUAAAAGAUAUGCUCCUAAGGAUGCCUCGGAAUUUCAUUUAUGGAUACUUUUUAAUUCGGAAUCAAUCAACUGUAAUUCCUAGUAUUGGAAAAUCCAAGAAAAAGGCCGGAAAAUUUGGUGCAGUAGCUGAAAAAAUUCAGCUGCCUGUUGAAACUGAUGCACAUAAGUUAGUGAAGUUCUUAUGUGGAAGUAAUAUUCAGAAAGAAGGCAAAGAUAUAGAAUUGAAACCAGAUAAUGAAUAUCCAGAUUGGUUGUGGAAACUUAAUACGGGUAAGCCAAAACCUUUAGAAGAAUUGGAUCCAGAUUCUAAGGCUUAUUGGCUAAGGGUUAAAAAGAUGGCUAUGGUUCGUAAUAAUAAAUUAUCAAAGCUUAAAAAGUUUUAAUAAAUGAAUGAUAACUAAUCAAAUUUACAUAAAUUUAAUGUAGACUGUUUAGGAUUUACUAUAAAACUUUUUUCAUAAAAUAUAAUUGUU